AUGGUUUUCCUCUUACUCUUGUAUGUUCUAUUCUCUUCCCAUCUACCUGAUAUCGAGUUCAAGUACAACAUGGUGCCCAGACCAGAUGAUCUUGACGACGAGGAGUAUAAUUAUGUGAUUGCGGCCCUCCAAGACAAUGAACAAGAGCAACACCAAGAUCGAGAAGAAGACGCCGAAGUAGACCACCAAGAAGACCAAGGAGAAGAUGGGGUUGAGCGUAACCUGAACGGCACUGAAGAGGUCGAGACCGACAAUAAGAAACUGCCUAAAGAAGAUGGUGGCACUACUGGGAAGACUACGGUAUCCAAGAAUGGAAAAGAUGGUGUGGUUAUGCGUGGAACACUAAAAAAUUAUAAUAUUAUGGCGUCCCCAUUCUCUGGUGGAAAAGAAGGAGAAGAUGUUGUUCAAUGGUUACAGAAGUUCGAAGAGUGUCUAGAUAUGUUAUCACAAUUCCUACCAACUAAAAAACGGUUCCCUCUACUCAAGUUUAACUUGAAAGGUCCAGCCUACAACACUGUCAUCGCCAAUGUCCGUACUGAUGCUCCUGGUUCUGAUGAUACUACCUUAUACAAUCAAGCAAAGAAGAUUCUACUGGAUCGCUUCGGUCCAUGCACUUUCACAGCAUGGCGUAAGUUAACUACAAGGACAAUGAAGGAGAAUGAGUCAGCCGGAGAGUAUUUAACGGAGUUACAGAGGUUGGCAUCGGCAGCUAUACCAUCUACAGUACGUAAGGAGAGAACUUGGGUCAAUGUAUGUGCAUGUUUGCAAUUCUGGAACGGUGUACCCCAAGACAUCCCCGGGCUCUCUGCAAUAAAAGCCCAAUGGCGAGAGAUAUGGCAGAAUCAUAAAGAUAUAGUUCAAGGGUGCUUAACCCUUGCUGAAGGGUUUUCGGUGAAUCCUGAUAAGAGUGGUGAUUCCAUAGCUGCCAUGACCUACGGUUAUAGAGCCAGCACUGGUAAAGGAGCCAAAGGCUAUAAAGGCAAAGGCAAGGGUAGAGGUGCCAAAGGAUAUAAGGGCAAAGGCGGCUGGCAGAGCUGGUAUGGAAAAGGAAAAGGUCUCCGUUAUAAGACCGUUGUGAGAACUAUUAAUAAAGAUGGAGUUAGAUGUUAUACGUGUAAUGGGCGAGGACAUACAUCUUCUCAAUGCCCAUCAAAUCCAGCUAAUAUAGCGGAUAACACUCCAGUGCAGCGAUAAGGUUACUCGGAAUGGCAAAAGUGAUGUCUUUGCAGCCAUGAUCGAUACAGGCAGCACAAUAUCUGUCAUAAUUGAGCGAGGUUCAACGACAACAGGUUGAAAUUGAGGCAAAACGUGUGCAGAUUAGUACGCUCACAGGAGCGAUAAGUGCUUUCAAGCUGCCUUAUACUGUCCCCAU